AUGACGACUUUCAAGAGUACCCCGCUAUAUGGAGGAGCUCUCAUUUGCGACCUCCCAGCUAACUUCGCCGACGUGAGUCUUAUAAGACAAGUUCCCGACCAUCAAGAAGCAUAUAUCGACAAAGAUGGCUUCACCAGUAUCAUCUUCGAUAUCAAUGAGCGCGUUGGCGGUCCGGGAAGUGGUGCCGAGAUAGACGGUCGCGCCUUGACUACGCACCUAGAGGAACUUGUAGGAGAUGACCUCGAGAAUGUCAAGGUCUGGAAUACCACGCCCACUGUGUUCUCCCGCCUAGACGACGAAAUCCCCGCUUAUACGCUGAUCGCAACACACACGACGCAAAAAGCCGACAAGCCCACGGACGAUAAGCCCCAGCGGCCGGUCAGCAAGACGGACUUCACGGCUAUCAUCUUGACGCUAGUACGGCUAGAGAACGAGAAGACGGAUCUGCUCAUUACUAUCAACGUGCCGCAUAUCCGCGGCGAAUACGACGAGGACGACGUCGAUCUCCAACUCGGCAAGCAGGGCAAGCUCAUCGGCGACGCCGUCGAUUACGCCGCUAAGAUCUGGGAGACUUUCAAAGUUAAGGACUGGGGUCUCUUUAACGAGGUCUAA